ACCCCAAAGUGCUAGAUUAAGUCAUUGGCUGAUUCAACCACCUACCUAAACUACCACCUACCAAUAUCUAAAACUGCACUCCGGACCCAGAAGUGAGGAAGCUGGUUUGGACAAUAUUUAAUGAACGUGGAUUUUAAAUAGGCUUCGCAAUAAGUCAACUGCCUGAUAAAUAAUACCCCACCCUACAUAACAACAUUUAAAGUUACAUCAACUACCUAGGGAGGUGGUUAUAUAACUAUUCCAAACAGAUACGAUCAUCCUGAUAACAACUAUACCUGAUUCCCACCUCACAGACAAUGAACAAUAUUGAUCUGAGCAGAUACAGACGGAUCGUACAGUAUUUCUGGGACCCAGAGCCUAAGAACGACGAAGACCAAGGAGGCUCCAUCUGGUGUCUAGGUACGAAAUAUACGAACCGGGCUUGGUCCUCGAGAAUCGGAAGAAGCCCAAGUGACCCGAGUGUCGACGCUGGCCAAAAAACUGGCGAAGAAUCCCCGAAAUCAUCUACUGCUAACUUCGAGGAAAAUCACACCGGCGAUUCACUACCAGUCAAACAUGAAAUAUAUCAAGAGAUAUCCAACCACGGCUGGCCAGAGGCAUUUCUCAAUGAUUUCGAAUCGAGAAUAUGGAUCACGUACCGCUCAAACUUCCCUAUAAUACCCAGGGUAGAGCACCAUAAUAAUGCCCUAACCUUGAGUGUCCGUCUCCGAAACCAGAUCACCGACAACUGCAAAGGAUUCACAUCCGACACGGGCUGGGGAUGUAUGAUCAGAUCAGGACAGAGUCUACUUGCAAAUGCACUCUCGAUAUUAAUGCUUGGUCGCGAAUGGCGCCGAGGAAGCAAUCCAGAGCUCGAAACGCAACUACUCUCCCUCUUUGCCGACCACCCAGACGCCAGAUUUUCCAUUCAUCGCUUUGUGAGACAUGGUGCUGAGUACUGCCAAAAAUACCCAGGGGAAUGGUUUGGCCCUUCAGCAACAGCGAAGUGCAUAGAAGCGUUGUCGAAGAAGCUAGAUUCUCCCGCGUUAAAUGUUUACGUCACCAAUGAUACCUCGGAUGUCUUCGAAGACAGGUUCAUCGAGAUCGCUAGCGGUGGAUCUGGUUCCAUACGUCCGACUCUCAUCCUUCUAGGAAUUAGACUUGGAAUAGAUCAUGUUACGAAGGUUUACUGGGAUGGACUGAAAGCUGCAUUGAAAUAUCCCCAGUCUAUAGGAAUUGCAGGAGGACGCCCAUCUGCCUCCCACUAUUUCCUAGGUGUCCAAGGGUCGUAUCUGUUUUACCUGGAUCCACAUCAUACACGUCCUGCCCUGCCAUACCCCGAAUAUCCACAGCUGUACUCCACAGAAGAGCUAGAUUCAUAUCAUACUCGUCGAAUCAGAAGGCUACACAUCAAAGAUAUGGACCCAAGCAUGUUAAUCGGAUUUCUCAUCAGGGAUAAUGAAGACUGGGAGGACUUCAAAAUGCGAAUCGCUGCAACCUCAGGGAAAAGCAUCAUCAACAUAUCAAGUGAAGGCAUCCAGCAGAACCAAGUUCAGGAGCGGGAAGAGGCGUUGGACGAAGUUGAAGUACUAGAUGAUGAAUUCGAAGAAAACUAGGGGAUAUCAAACAGAGACCUUUGGUUCAAGCAACAUUAGCGAUGACAGGUCAACGAUUAUUGUCUUACCAGUGAAGUUUAAGCAUUGCCUAUCGCAAAAAAUAUCGAAUGCGGCUCUUAAUAUCAUGCAUUUGGAUUUUUGUUUAAAUAUCAUGAAUUGCUAGCUCUGAUGGUGGAACGCAACCAGCUCCGGAUGAGUUAUGUUACACCGCAUUGCAGUUUCGAAACCAUAAAAACAGUCGACCCUAUAGGGAAUAAAAAGAAAAGCCAUCCCAUGUCA